AAGCGGAAGUGAUCACUUCUCUGUUUUGUUGCAGCUGUGCUGAAGCAGAGGAGGAUGUAGAAACCGAGAGAUAACGCUCCUUUUCCGCCUUCUUUAAAAGCAAAACCCGACUUUUAUGAGCAGAUAAAGACUCAGACACAACCGACGAUAUGAAUUUAGCGACAUACGUGUCGUUUAUCUCGAUAAUCUCGGCGGGAGCAGCAAAGAGUGGAGGAGACGAUGACUGGGUCCAUCUUCCCAACAAAUGUGAAGUGUGUAAGUUUGUCAGCAUCGAGAUGAAGUCGGCGUUCGACGAGACGGGGAAAACCAAGGAGGUCAUCGACAGGAACUACCGCUUCAUAGACAGCAAGGGGGCGCCGCCAAUCAAAUAUGUCAAGUCAGACCUGCGAUUCAUCGAGGUUGUUGAAAAUGUGUGUCAGAGGCUGUUAGAGUACAAUCUGCACAAGGAGAGGACUGGAAGUAACCGCUUCGCCAAGGGCAUGUCAGAGACCUUCUCCACCCUUCAUGGUCUGGUGAAUAAAGGAGUGAACGUGGUGAUGGAUAUUCCCUACGAGCUGUGGAACGAGACUUCGGCAGAAGUGGCCGACCUUAAAAAACAGUGUGAUACGUUGAUAGAGAAAUAUGAGGACGUGAUUGAGGACUGGUACAAAGGAAGCCAGGAGGAAGACCUGACCACUUACUUAUGUGAGAAACACGUUCUCAAAGGACAGGACAUGGCCUGCCUGAAUGAGGAGUGGGCCUCAAGGAAGAAGGGAGACCAGGCAGCCAUCGCGGAGGACAAGAAGAAGAAGAAAAAGAAGAAGGGGGGGAAGAAGGGAGAGGGCGGAGACGGCGGCUCGGAGGGCGAGAAGGCGACCAAGAAAAAGAAGGAAAAGAAGGUGAAGAAGAAGAAAAAGAGCAAAGCUCCAGCGGAGAAGACGGACGGAGGGGCGUCGUCAGAUGAGGAGAUCCAGCCACAGAUGCCUCUGUCCGGGCAGAAGACAGAGCUGUGACGCACCCUGGCUCCUCUCUGAACCUGGAUCAGCUCUCCGGUUCAAAACUUAGUAAAAGCAGUCUGCAGCUUCUCGAAACAUCUGGUUCAAGUCACUGAUUUUGCUAAAUGAGAUCUUGUACUGUUACACACGGUUUUAAAGUGUCUGAAACAUGUUGCAGUUCCUGGGUGUGAGAGAAAUCGGCCGUAUCAUCAACAUUUAUCAACAGUGAUCCAAACUGUAGCGUUUUAAAGGUCUGCUUUGGUUUACUUUUUAAUCUUUGCUUAAAGGACUACUUGACCGCAAAAUGACCGUCUGUAUGUCAGUUACUCCCCCUGUGUAACGUUGACUUCAUAAAGGAAACUUUGUUUGUCUCGCAUGUCUCUACGGUGAUCAAAGAAUCCAAAAACAGCAAACAUUCUCGAUAAAUUUAUUUAGGAGACUACGUUUAAAAAUUGCAAUAUUCUGUUAAAUCAUCUGUGUCCAAGAAGUUUAGGACUAGAUGUUACAAUCCCUUGAUGAACAUACUUCAAACUAUGAGUCAGAGUAAUAGUGCCACCUGGGGGUCCAAGUGGGAGCCAAAGGCCAAAAGACAUGGCAAAGGUAGAUAGAAAGAUAAGAAAGAAAACACCUGGCACCCCCCCCCCCCCCCCCUUGCUUUUACUCCCUCAAACCCCGCUGUUGGUGGUAUUUCGAGGCCCAAGUGGCAUCUCUCUUAAUCCAUAGCCAGAGAGGGCUUUGAUGGCCUGACGAAGGGCUUGGUCUAGAAUUCCCGAUUCUUUAAGCAGCCUGGUAGUUGACUUGCCUAUGAAGCCUCUGCAGCCCACUUCAACUGGGCAAACCUACGUUUUCCAGCUGAGCUGCUCAGCGUCAGCUGCCAGCUUUCUAGCCAACAUUUGUCUGUGGGGCCCACAUUGGCCGUAAAUGGAUGUGACGCUCUAUAUGGGAUUGUCGACCCUGGUCUCACUCGAAGUCAUCAAAAUCAGGCGCUUGGGCAGUGGCUUGUGGUGUCAGAAACCAACGAAAAAAGGCGUCCUUUAACAUCGGCAUGAUAUGCGGCUGGUUGCUUUAAAGUUUAACGACGCUCGGUGGCAUCAGGGAGAAACGCAGCAAAACAAGGACAAAAGUUAAGGCGGUGAAAGUCCAACUGGGGCAGGCAGGAGGGGUGCUGGAUGGGUCCAACAAACACCAACUUUCACUGGUGAGAGUUCGCGUCUUGUAAGAUCCUAAAGCCGAACCCCGUUCUUUUUCCUAACCCAACCAUGUGUUUUUGUUGUUGAAGGGGGAAAAAAAACAUCAGUUCACAGUGUUGUACCGACGUAGUGCCUUUAUUUUGAAAGAGACUGUAUUUAAAUGUUAAAUUUCCUGUGAAAACAGAAGUGUAUUUUGAAAGAAGACAAUGCAUGUGACAGACAGAACUUGACACGGCGUAUCCAGGAUACCUUACAUGUCAUAUGGUUCACAAUUGGCCCUAUGCCAGUUGCCCACUUGGGUGGGUUUACCAAACUGGGCUCCUUUAUGGCCCAUACCCACUUGGUACCCAGGUAGCCCUGGCAUAACCUAUGUGGGGCCCACUUGAUUUAACCAAAUUAUGUUGGCAACUUGCAUGAGGCCAUUAUGGAACCUGUUGACAAUCCUAUAUAGGGUCAGUUUUUUUAGCCCAUUUACUACCCACAUGGGCACCACAUACAAAUUUUUGGAUUCUCCGUCCACCAUGUAGGCACGCAAGUAAACCAAAGUUUUCUCCAUGAAUUCAAGGUAACGCAGUGAGUAGCUGUAAACAAACGGUCAUUUUGCAGUUCAAGUUUUCAUUUAAGAGUUGGAUCCAAUUUACUUUAACUCUGGUGUUAUUUUGGUACAAAUGUCGAUUGUUUCCAUCAGUUAUGAUAACAUUAUACUCUCCAAGUUAAUUGCCAAGAUCUGGGUGCGCGUUGACAUCAAAUUAAGUCCACAGGAUAAGAAACAGGAGCAGUCAGACAGACAGGUCAUAAACAGACUUGCACAAACCUGUAAUUAAAGUCAACCAAAUAAUCAGUUACAGAAAAUUGUAAUGCUGAUAUGAUAAGUCAAUCAUUCGAUUAACAGUUUAACAGGUAACAAUUUCGGAAUCUGAAGACGUCACAUUGGGCUCUGGGAACUUGCUAUUUCACCAUUUAUUGACAUUUUAUUAACUAAAUAAUUUAUUGAUUUAGAAGAAAAGUAUCAGCUGCAGCUCUGAAAAACACCAACCACUAACUUCUGUGAGACAGUGUUAACAGCCUGCCGGGUCUCACAGGGCUGUACGCCAACAUCCAGUUCAAACCUGUGAUCAGUUUGCUGAGAUGAUUUUGGAGAACUCGAUCCUCCGAGCUCCACAUCUAACGCGGACUUUAAUUUUUCUGUCUUUCUCUCUGAGUUGAAUGUAGACUAGCAGCGAGGCUUCCUCUCUGUAUCUCCUCAUAAUGUUACUGCUGUUUUUAAAACUCUUGUAUUUACUGAAAUAUUCAUUCCAACUGGAAACAGGACCUUUAAAUAAUUUGUUUUAAGUUAAUUUAUUUUUUAAGGACCUUUUUGAAAUGCUCGGAUUGAGUUUCCUGAGACAGUCACCACGCUACUGGUGUAUAAAACAAAUUUAUCCACAUGGAGAAUUGAUUUUCCUUCCAGUAUUUUUAAUAUUGUAAUAUUUAAAAAUGGAACAAACUGACCUUUAAUCCAUCUCAAGUGAUGCACGACAGAUUACUGCGUUUUCUUGUUCCCUUGUUUUUGUUUGUUCAUGUAGAAAUGUGAUCUUGAGGUCUCAGAUUCAGUGACAUUCCCCUUUAAUGAGUAAAUACAACAUGUGAGGUACGUUUUUUUAAUGUAGGUGAUUUGUGUUUCUGUAAUAGUUUGAUUUCCAUUAAUUAUUUUGUCUUUGCUUGUUUUUGCUGCACAACAGCUGCUAUUUAAGGUGUGUUUGUGUGAGUUUGUCGACUUCAAAGCUGACGAUGAAGGUUUGUGUGUGUGUGUGUGUGUGUGUGUGUUUUUCAAAUGUGUGUGUGUUUUUACAGAUUUCUAUUCUGAAGUAAAAUCCUGGCUGUGUUGUAUCUGAGUCGCUUUAUGAAACCAUGAGCAGACACAUCAGUGGAUCAAUAAACACAGGUUGAACACUCUGAAA